AGGGCGAUGCGGAGCUCGAGGAGGACUACCGGCCGAGGAGGAGGAGGGGGGGAUGGUGGUGGUGGGGAGAGGGCGGUGCCGCCGUUCGCGGGGAACAACGUGGACCACAACCCGCGGGAGCUGCGGUCGUGGGCGCGGCGGACGGGGUUCCACCCGUCGACGUUCUUCUCCGGGGAGUCGGCGGUGUCGACGUCCUCGUUCGCGUCGUCCGUCAUGCCGCAGCCGCCCCCGCCGCCGCCGCCUGCGCCGCCGGCUACCUCGCGCCGCCCGCCGAGGGCGCCGGAGCGGGAGCUGGAGCUGGAUACGGAGGAGGACGAGGAGCCCGAUCUCCCCGCGCCGCGUCUCGAUCUCGAGCGCGGGUUGGGGCGGGGACCGGGGCGGGGGCGCGGGGGCCGCCCGCUACCGCGACGCCGGAUCGACCUCCGUGGGGAGCUCGAGAUCCCGGACGUAGCGCCGGCGGAGGAGACGGAGACGGACCAGGAGCCGGCGAGGGGGCCAGGGCGCGCGGACGCGAGGAGGGCGAACGGCGUCGACCGCCUGCCCGCGGCGGUGAACGGGGGCAGGAACGGCAACGGCGUGCACGCGGCGGGCGCGGAGGCGAGGAAGAAGGCGGAGGAGGCGGAGGCGAAGCGGAAGGCGGAGGAGGCGGAGGCGAGGAGGAAGAAGCAGGAGGAGGAGGAGAGGGACGCGGAGCUGGCCGCGUACUACCAGGAGCAAUGGGCGAACGAGGAUGACGGCGGCGGCGACGGCGGCGUCCCCGUCGCCAGCGAGACGGCGCCGCUGUACGGGGAGUCCGGGCUCCGGUGCGGCGUCACCGAGAACCCCGGGUGGGUGCCCCUCAUUUUUUAUGGCAUACAGCAUUACUUGUCAAUAGCUGGUUCACUUGUUUUUGUUCCUUUGAUAUUGGUACCGACCAUGGGUGGAUCUGAUGAGGACACGGCAACAGUCAUUUCCACCAUCCUAUUAGUGUCUGGCCUUACAACAAUACUUCAUACUUUUUUGGGUUCUCGGCUUCCAUUGAUUCAAGGAAGUUCUUUUGUAUAUUUGGCUCCUGCAUUGGUGAUUGCAAACUCUGAGGAAUUCAGAAAUCUUAGUGAAAAUAAGUUCAAGCACAUAAUGAGGGAACUACAGGGGGCUAUACUUGUCGGCUCAGUUUUCCAGAUCAUUUUGGGAUACAGUGGUCUUAUGUCACUGUUUCUAAGGUUGAUAAACCCGGUUGUUGUGGCACCGACUAUUGCUGCAGUUGGUUUAGCCUUUUUCAGUUAUGGUUUCCCUCAGGCUGGCAGUUGUGUAGAAAUCAGCAUGCCCCUUAUUGUAUUGCUUCUGCUGUGCACACUGUACUUGAGAAAAGUGUCACUCUUUGGCAACCGUAUCUUCCUCAUUUAUGCGGUGCCCUUCAGUGUUGCCAUUGUAUGGGCUUAUGCAUUCUUCCUCACUGCUGGUGGAGCAUAUAACUUCAAGGGCUGCAGCUCAAAUAUACCCAGUUCAAACAUAUUAAUGGAUUCGUGCAGAAGGCAUCUAGAAACCAUGAGGCGUUGUCGAACUGAUGCUUCUAAUGCAUGGAGAACAGCUGCCUGGGUGAGGGUUCCCUAUCCAUUCCAGUGGGGCCCUCCUACAUUUCAUUUCAAGACGAGCAUCAUUAUGAUAAUAGUUUCACUCGUUGCCUCAGUUGAUUCGCUUUCCUCGUAUCAUGCUGCAUCAUUGCUGGUCAAUCUUAGUCCACCAACACGUGGAGUUGUUAGCAGAGGGAUUGGCUUUGAAGGGAUUUCUACUCUUAUCGCUGGAGUAUGGGGUACAGGGACUGGCUCGACAACUCUAACAGAGAACAUACAUACCCUUGAGAAUACCAAAAUGGCCAGCAGAAGAGCUUUGCAGCUUGGCGCGGCCUUGUUGGUCAUCUUUUCAUUCUUUGGAAAAAUUGGAGCUCUUCUUGCUUCUAUCCCUGUUGCUUUGGCCGCCUCCGUUCUGUGCUUCACCUGGGCACUAAUUGUCGCGCUCGGCUUGUCCACGCUGCGGUACACCCAAGCUGCAAGCUCAAGGAACAUGAUAAUUGUCGGGUUUACGCUGUUCAUCUCCAUGUCCGUCCCAGCUUAUUUUCAGCAAUAUGAGCCCAGCACCAAUCUUAUCCUACCAAGCUAUCUCCUUCCGUAUGCCGCAGCAUCAAGCGGACCAGUUCGCAGCGGCAGCAAUGGGCUAAACUUCGCGGUGAACGCGCUCCUGUCCGUCAACGUGGUGGUGGCGCUCCUCGUCGCCUUGAUCCUCGACAACACGGUGCCGGGCAGCAAGCAGGAGCGCGGGGUGUACAUCUGGUCAGACCCAAACUCGCUGGAGAUGGAUCCUGCGUCCCUGGAGCCGUACCGAUUACCUGACAAGAUCUCGUGCUGGUUCAGAUGGGCCAAGUGCGUCGGCAUCUAACAACAACAAAAAAACAAACAAAAAAAAGGAAUGAAUGAACCCCCCCCCCCCCCCUGGACUGCACAUUGCGGUGCCGGAGGUGAAGAUUCUAUUUGUUCUGUUGCAACCUGCUGCUGCUGCUGCUGCAGGAUUUAUAUGGGGAAACAUAUAUAUAAUAUAUAUAUACACGGGUAUGCUUAUUUAGAUAGGACCAUCUUGCUGCUCCUAGCUCCGAAGAUGUAUUAUUAGCGAUACCACAUGUAAAUGUAGUCGUUUUGUUAGGGAGGAAGACCUAUGUAUUGACGAGUUUGUCUACGUAAAGGAUUUGCUCAGAUUAGUUUGUCUAUAGGCGUGCUGCUCUAAUUUUUCAUACUGAUUGGGAGCGCAAUCAGUGACCCCAAAGAUGAAUUGGAACUAGAUACGCCAUCAAUUGGCAGAACAUAUCUGCUAUAUACGAAAAUUUUGCGCAGCUGCCAUCAUUGUUCAGA